AUGAUCGAGAAGAUGCCCAGGCCGCGACGCCGCGUGGCCAAUCCAAUUCAAGCUGCGGUGGAGCGAUGGCUCGCCUCCGUCGACGGCCACGACACCGACGCACCUGGGUCGUCAUCAUGGCAGGCAGAUCUUCUCGACAGCACUCCCAAGCGCUUCACAAUCUACGAGCCCAUGGCCCUGCUCCCUGCUGGAAGCUUCGCAGGCCCCACCUGGACGUCGGAGCUUGCGCGCCGUGAGCCGCAGACUGUUGCCACCUUGUGGGAGCUCGUCCUGGAGUGUCUGUCGAAGAGUGCCAAGGCUGCGUUGACGAACCUCGCGGUCAAUGAGGGAAUACCUCUCCUCGUCGCCGAGGGAGACGGUGUCGAAAAUUUUCGUCGCAGUCCAAGCGGCCUGCGCAUGCUCUUCGGUAACUUCGGUCCAGCGUUGACCGGCGUCGAAGCCCCGUCGCAAAAUGACUAUUCGAAUGCGCUGUGGGUGUCGACAAAGCAGAAUGGAAUACACCAAACCUGGGCUCCGCGCUGGACAAUGUUCAGCCGCGGAAAUGUCAAGGAAAAAGCCCGAUUGCUCGAGUUCCCCGGCGCGAAAAAGCGACAGGGACGGUCGACGGAGGAACACGUUUGGGCCGUGGACCUGUACGCUGGCAUCGGGUACUUUGUCUUUUGCUACGCCUCCCUCGGCCUGAGGGUCUUGUGCUGGGAAGUGAACCCCUGGAGCGUCGAGGGCCUGCAGAGAGGGGCGCGGGCGAAUCGAUGGACGGUCCGGGUGGUCCAAGGGGGCGAGCUCGAGUUGCCGACGCGGGCGCUGACGUCUGGCGACGAGCAGAUCAUUGUCUUCUUGGAGAGCAACGAGAGAGCGUGGGAGCGGAUCCGUGAGCUGCAGGAGGCAGGAAGUGCACAGGAGAUUCGGCACGUCAACUGCGGUUACCUCCCGACGAGCGAGCCGACGUGGGAGGCGGCCUGGCAGAUGACUCGGCUGAGCUCGGAAUCGAGGCUUCAUCUGCACGAGAAUGUCGGCGUCAACGAUACCGAGGCCAGGAGACGGUCCAUUCAGCGCAGGUUCGAGGACUGGAGCACGGCAGAGGAGCGGGGCAAGGAGCCAGUCGUCGAGCAUGUCGAGCUCGUCAAGACAUUCGCGCCAGGCGUCUGGCACUGCGUCUUCGACGUCCGCGUUUGA